UUUUACACAAUUCAACUUGAACAACUCUUUCCACCAGUCUUUUAUAUUUCCACAUAAAACUCCUCUCUUCCCAACUUAAUUCUUGUAUGCACAACUGACUCAGAGGUGCACUAGGUCAAAUGAGUGAAAAUAACAGCACAGCUCCAAGAAAAAGGCAGAGAAGAUUGACCAGACCCAAGAUUGAUGAAGAUGAUAGUGUUGAAGCAACUGGGCUGCAAGGAGAGGUUGUCAAGACAAAAGGGCUGAAAGAAAUCAUCACUUCUUUGUUGUUGCUUGAGAAUCAAGAAAAGUGUGGUCCCCAGAAAAAGUUGAGGAAUGCUGUGAAAGCUGAUUCUGGUGAUGAUGUGGUUUUUAAUGGUGGAGGGUCUCAGAGGAGGCUCUGGGUGAAGAAGAGGUCGAAAGCGUGGUGGGAGCAAUGCAACAGUGAAGACUUUCCUGAGGAGGAGUUCAAGAAGGCCUUUAGGAUGGGAAAAGGGACUUUUGAGAUGAUUUGUAAGGAGCUGAAUUCUGUUGUGGUGAAGGAGAACACUAUGUUGAGGGAUGCUGUACCGGUGAGGCAACGCGUGGCGGUUUGUGUGUGGAGAUUGGCUACUGGGGAGCCUUUGAGGCUUGUGGCCAAGAGGUUUGGAUUGGGGAUUUCGACUUGUCAUAAGCUGGUUCUUGAGGUUUGUUGGGCGAUCAAGGCGGUUUUGAUGCCUAAGUAUCUGAAAUGGCGCGAUGAGGCGGUUCUGAGGAAGAACAGAGAUGAGUUUGAGAUGGUUUCGGGGAUUCCUGAUGUGGUGGGAUCAAUGUAUACUACUCAUAUUCCUAUAAUUGCUCCGAAGAUGAGUGUGGCGGCUUAUUUCAAUAAGAGGCAUACUGAGAAGAAUCAGAGGAGUUCUUAUUCGAUUACAGUUCAGGGUGUGGUGGAUUCGAGUGGGGUGUUUAGUGAUGUCUGCAUUGGUUGGCCUGGCUCGAUGGCUGAUGAUCAGGUGCUGGAGAAGUCUGCGCUUUAUCAGAGGGCUAAUGGAGGGCUUUUGAAGGGGAAGUGGAUUGUUGGGAGUUCUGGUUAUCCGCUGAUGGAUUGGGUUUUGGUGCCUUAUGCACAGAAGCAACUGACUUGGACUCAGCACGAGUUCAAUGAGAAGAUCGCGGAGAUUCAGAUGGUGUCAAAGGAUGCAUUUGCGCGGUUGAAAGGAAGGUGGGCUUGCUUGCAGAAGCGAACUGAGGUGAAACUUCAGGACUUGCCUGUGGUGCUGGGAGCUUGUUGUGUUCUGCACAAUAUAUGUGAAUUGAGGAAUGAGGAGAUGGAUCCCGAGUUGGCGAUUGAGCUUGUUGAUGAUCAGAUGGAUCCUGAGAUUGCAGUCAGAUCAGUGAGUGCAGUCAAGGCAAGGGAUUCAAUUGCUCAUAAUCUUCUGCACCAUAGUCAUGCCAGCACUGCUUUCUUGACUUGAGUACAAGUAGCCUUGUUCACCUCCAAGUGUUUCAUUUCAGUUUAUGCUUAUUAGAAGUAGCUUUUAUGUUAUAUCCUCUAUAAAGUGGAAUGCAUACCCAGGUUUUACCAUA